GGGACAAGUCCGAACGCAGCCUUUACACUCCAACAAUAUACACACGUCCGAGGAACUAUUUGAACCAUUGUGACAGAAACAAUAGAGAGGAAUGUGGUGGUAAUGCCCUAGGAUUAUCGGGUCAGAAUUACCCCACGUCAAUUUACACCUGAAAGCUGGGACAGGAGGAUCAUCACUCGCCUAUUGAUUGGUGCAUUGAGAAUGGAGGCAUUAUUGAUUCCUUACUAAACACAACAUGUUGAGAGCUCCACCUGGCAAACUUAACAUCGGACGUUAACGGACGUUAACAGGCGUGUAUCGUGUUUAUAUUUAUAUCUGUGAUGUAACGAAUGCUACUCCUCACACGAGAAUAGGGCGGUGUCCGUUAUAUACAUCUGGUCACCUCCCACACGACACAUACAAGGAUUAAUACAAGUCAAGAGGGCUCCAUAAGUGGACGUGUGUUUAAACUUGUACUCUUGUUUAGUACUGACUAUUAACUUUAUGGACAUUUAUACCUGUGUAUACCUGUAGGACCUUAAUUACAGGUGUAAAUUGGGACUUAACAGGUAUGGUAAUCUACCUGUGUGGAACUGUUGGUAUAAAAAGGUGUGAAGAUGUGUUUUAUCCUAUAAAGCACCAGAUUGGUGCCACGCUUUAAAUGGACUUGAUACUGAGAUACGUACACAAUCCAGGAUUAGCCCUGUAGUAUGUGAAUUACCAUACAGUACUCUGACAAGUUAACAUAGCCCACGUAAGUACAGAGAUCUACUCCCAUAAUGACUCACAAAGACUUAAAGUCUCGAACAAUAGACAGCCAGGGUGGUGGCACUAGUCAGACAGAUGGUAAAAAAAUACCCGACUCUGCCUUCGGCUUCAAGAAGUUUAUAGCCCUACCCCAAGGGUUGAAAGUAAAGGCGAGUGAUACCCCCGACCCUACUAACCCCAGACGUCCUCUGCCAGUUAAAGCAGUACCCCUGAAUUCCUUCCAUUCAGGCAAUGACACACAACAAAUAGGGGUAUCCACCACCUAUGUGCCCAGUCAAGUGGAACCCAGGGAAAUAAUAGGUAGUGGUAGCAGUGUAGUGUCACGCGGUCGCUCAAGGAGAAGCAGUGUCUCAUCGACGGGCAGUUCAGGAACACCCAACGGUAGUAUCAGUUCCAUCCCCUCGGAAGUAUCUUAUACCCCACGGUACAGAAAACGUUCGUCCUCCACUCCUCCAGACUUAGGUAGACAGAGAUCCUCACCUGUGGACAGGCGUAUAGGUAAAGUGGUGAACCAGUACUACACUGGUUUGAUUAACAGUUUGAAUAACAAUAACAACGAUCCCUACACUGACGGGAAUGUGUGGAGUCAGGAUGGGGACGACCUAGGCUUCUAUACUAUUGACCAAGGAGAGGACCCUUUGGUUUACAGUGUGGGCUACCCAGGUAACCCACAAGGCUACCCAGGGGACAGGUACACAGGCAACCACGAGGAUGCAUACCUAGUCUCUAGUGACAACACUAAGGUGUUGGAGAACUGGCAACUUCACCCGUCAAGUAAUAAAUCAGUGGAUGACGACCUGACGUCCUCAGGCCACGGAUCUGUCAUGCAUCCUCACUAUGUAACUCUGCCCAGAGGUGGCCAGGUAAUUCACCAGCGGCAGCCUUUACAGCAAGUCCAAUCCAUACGGCCGGCCAUGGCCCACACCAACGGCACCCUCCCCAGGGGAGGGGGACUAGUUGUGUACCGCCCCACACAGGGGAACAAAGAUAUGCUUAUAAUGGGCAAUGGACAUGCCAACCAUAGUGAUGUAAACACACCUCGGGGAAAUCUGUAUAAGUCUAAAGUGAUGUCGUCCAGCAUGCCUACACUACUGGAUGGUAAUAAAAAGGCAGAUAAAAAGUUCUUAAAAGAAUUGAAAAAGCGUGAAAAAGAGGAGAGAAAGAGACUAGAAAAGGAAGAGAAAAGGAGAUUGAAGGAAGAAAAGAAACUACAAAAGGCUUUUAAAAAGGCUCAUUCACGAACUUUACCCCGGAGUUUUGGAUCUUAUGUGAACAAACCUAUUGAGUCUGUGUAUUCGCGUCCCAAACUAUCUCUGUCAGCAGUGCCAAUAGAAUAUGAGGAUAACCCGUCCCGCCCCCAAAGGCUUAGUGCUCCCGCCCCAACACAUUCCCCUCCUCCCCCUCCCCCCGAGCCCAGCAUGAGGACACGUUCCCUCUACAGUAGUGCUCCGGAUCUUCUCCGUCUAGAACAAGUGUAUGGUGCCACCAUUAGGGGCCACCUUCAGCACUCUAAACAGUCGGCACCACGCCCCAGGACUAGUAUUAACCAAGGAAUAUAUACUGUCAGUUCCUAUUCAGCACGGACCGUUGUACUACAGCGUGGACCCGAGGGAUAUGGAUUUGUACUACGGGGCGCAAAGUCCCAGACAAAUGCCACUGGAGAGCUGGACUUUUGUCCGACAGCGGAAUUCCCUGCCCUUCAGUACCUGGACAGUGUUGACCCAGGAAGUAGAUCUGACAGAGCCGGACUCAAGUCAGGAGACUUCCUAUUGGAAAUCAAUGGGGAGAAUGUGGUGCGAGCUUCACACGAUCGAGUGGUACAGCUGAUUCGCCAGGCCGGCGAUACUCUGGCCAUGAAAGUGGUCACAGUACAACGACCCGAGACAGCUGACCAGUGGCUCCAGCACCAAGAUGGCUCAAUGACGCUCCCCGUCCGCGGGGGCAAGAAAGCGGCGCCCCAGCCUCCCCAGCGUAACCCUCACACCUCCAUCUCCCUGACCAAGACCCAGGGCAAGCAGAUUGCAGAGGGCAUGGCGGAACUAGAAAAUGACACGGAAAAGGCCUCUACAAAGAGAGUGAUAAACCGGGCUGGAACAAAAAGGAAAUCAGUACAAGCACCGCUACCACCUGAUCAACUGGACAAGGUGUUGGCUGAAAACGACAAACAGGAAGUGAUGUCACAGGAACAAAAAACAGCCUCGAUACGAUCCAGCCACUCGGCCAAACGUGUAUCCUGUAUAGAACUUGGAGGCUUGGAGAAUGGAGGGGUACAUUCGUCAGAAAAAUACAGGAGUCCGUCGGAAAUGAGGAUAAAGAAAUAUCACCAAAAGAAAACUUCAAGUGGGUCUGUGAUCAACAUGGAAAGGUCGCGUAGUACGUCGGACCUUUUGGAUGGCAAACGGAAUGAGCCAGUAUAUGCCACUCCAGUGGCAGUACCAAGUGUGGCUAACAAGCACAAGCGCACUGCCAGUGGUUCUGGGGAUGUGGUAGACAAGUAUGACUAUGAUGGUGGAGACAAUGUGUCAUUAAAGAGUGCUUCUUCUUACGGAGGAUCUACAGGAAACCUUAAAUCAGCCACAAACGAAAGACCUAAGGCGCCGCCCCCACCCCCUCCAGGAGGGAACAAUGUACCAAAACGACAGGCUCCAGCGCCGCCCAAAAACGUGGAGCCCGUACGACCAGCAAAAACAGAACUAGUGACUAUCAGUACCAGUAAAAAAGUCUACGCCACAACAACUGAAAUAAAAUCUAGUCAAGUUGUUGACCAAUCAGAUCAGUCUAGCUUCAAACCACCAAAUCAGGUUAAAGUGACAGAAGAGCCUAAAAUCAAAAUCAAAUCCACAGUGGAUGUUACGGCAUCACACCAGAGCAAUGCUAGUAGUGUGUCUAAACAGUCAGAUAGUAGUCACGAGGACAUCUCUGAAAAACAUUCAGUGUCGUUUGCUGAGGACAGAGUGAAUGACAGUGCACAGAAGUUCUUGCAGAAACAUCCAAACGCCCAGCUUCUUGUCACGGCAGACGUCCACAUGCGCAAGAAAAAACUGUCUGAGCCCGAGCCAGACUAUGAUGUGGAUAGUGAUGGGGAGAAUGACAAGGCCCGUAACUCUGUAACUGUUAUCUCGGUGGGAGACAAGAAGACAAAGACAGAAUCAACUAAACAAUUAACGAUCAAACGUUCAGACAUACCAUCCUCUGCUGUCUCCAAAAAACAAGAAGAUGUGCAAAUUCCUCCCCCUCCCCGAGAGCCUGCGCCCAAACCUCCAGCAAAAACACAGCCUCCACCUUCACCAAAAGUAUCCUCACCUCCAUCACCAAAGGCGCCAUCACCUGCACAAGCCAGGCAAGCCUCACCCACACCAGUCAGGCAGGCCUCACCUGCCCGCCACACAUCUCCAGCCCGCCAACAAUCACCAGCGAGACAGGACCCACCUCCUAAAGUGGAAGAGGAGAAAGUAACGGAGGAAUUACCUGUGUUUGCUCCUCCUCCUCCUGCUCCACCAGCACCCCCACCUCCUCCACCUCCUCCUCCUCAAACCAAUCCUGAACCAUCCCCAUCACCCAUGGUGGGGCCUCGACAGACAGGUGAUGGUCCCACAACUUCACUCCUCCCAACAGGAGACAUCCUGGCUGCUGUACAGAAACGACGUACCAGAAUGGAGACUGAAGGACCCAAAGUAACGCCUGUAACACAGAGAAAACCAGAGGCCACAGACAACCAGGCAGCUAUUAUAGCAGCUGUUGCUAAGCGACGACAACACCUGGAGCAGAAGUCAAACACAGAUAUACUUGACCAGAUAGAGUCUAAAUUACACAAAACUAAGAAACUUCAGUCAGCCAAACUGUUCUUCUCCAGUGAAAGUGUGGGUAAGAAAACAGAUACAAAGACACAGGAAAUGCCAAAGUCCAAAACAACCCCUGUUAUCAUCUCAAAAGCUAAUCCAAGCACAGUGACAACAUCCAAGGUAACACCAAAUGUCACACCUAAAGUGGAGACAAAGGUCACACCAAAGGUUGAGACAAAGGUCACACCAAAGGUCGGGACUAAAGUUGAGACUAAACCAGAAAUUGUCAACAAGAAGACAACAGCAUCUGCUCCAAUGAAACCAUUGUUUGAUAGCAAUACUGUCGGCAAGGUAAAGGUCACUGAGGAAAAGAAAGUUGUGACCAAGCAGAAGUCUGUGGAAUCAGAUGAAAAGAAACAAACUACAACAGAUUUUCUGGCAAUGGCAGAGAAGGCCAGGCAAGACUGGCUGCAGAAGAAAGCGAGUAGCUCAUCUCUGUCCUCAGGAAGUCCCACCCAUACCUCUACCACAGCAACUACAGUACGAGCUAAGUCUGAACCUCCCAAAUCUACAGGGGAGCCUGACUCCGUCCAACACUCAAGCAAACCCACAUCACCCACAUCACCCACCAUGACCACCGCCAAACCUGACAAACCUAAAGUCAAUGGGGUGGUAAGGAAAACUUCCACCACCUCUACACCGCUAAAGACCUCCAGAGAUACAGACCUGAUAUCUCGCACAACUUCCAUACGGGACAGGAUAGCUAGCUUUGAGAAAAAUAAAAAAUCGGAAGUUACUAAUGGAAAAACACAUUCCACCUCUCCAAAAUCUCCUCACUACAAAGUACAGGGGGUGACGACAGACAGUUCAGCCACAGAUACAGGGAAGACUAGUGCCCUCCCCCCUCCUCCAGAGUUUGGGGAUGUCGUACAUGUGGACAUCAUUCCACCGCCUUCGGGCUACAAACACGAGGACACAGACAGUGUGGUGUCAUCCGUAUCCACGCUGUCCACACUGUCGGAUGAUCAUGCUGACUCAGGCUAUAGUUUAUCCAAGAAAAAUUCCUACGAGGACCUCAUUCCUCCACCUCCCCCAGGCUUUGAUGAUAACACAGAUCAGGGCUAUGAUGAAAUGCCGGCUGUGAUUCCCCCACCCCCGGACUUUGAGAGUAACAAAAACAACAAUGUGAUAGUGAAGCCUGUGAGAACAAACAAGCCAUUCUUGUCUAAGUCUGUGGACACCUGGCAGUGUCUGGAUGUCCUUGAUUGGUUAGACAGUCUCAACAUGACUCCAUACAAAUCAAGCUUCCAGGAACACUGUAUUGACGGCAAAAAACUGGCAGGACUUACACGCAAUGAUUAUAUAGAACUAGGCGUCACACAGGUAGGACAUCGCAUGAAUCUGGAACGUUCCAUCAAGAAAGCUGCUAUGCGUAAUGGCAGUGUGUCUUGAGAUGCCAAGGCACUAUUUUACACUGCAGGUUCAGUGUAUGUGAGUGGAUUAUAGCCAAUUAACUCCACAGGAUUAUACAUGUAGUGUGGUAGAAUGUAUCUACAAUGGCCAGGAUUAACCCUAAAGUGAUUGAUUCAGUAUAGGUAUAAAUAAACAUAGGUAAUGUACUGAUCUUCAGGGAUAUUGGAGUCACAGGAGUGUACUGGGGCCUGUGUUACGACAAUUCUUAUAGGAGUCUACUAGGGCCUGUGUUACGACAAUACUUAUAGGAGUCUACUAGGGCCUGUGUUACGACAAUACUUAUAGGAGUCUACUGGGGCCUGUGUUAUGACAAUUCUUAUAGUAGCGUACUAGGGCCUGUGUUAUGACAGUACUUAUAGGAGUGUACUAAGCCCUGUGCUAUGCGGAUACAUGAGUGUACUUAUUGCCUGUGUUCUAAUGAAUGCGUGCAAAUAUAUUGUGGAAUAUUCCGUGUAAAUACUAUAAGUGGAGUUACUAGAAGCAUUCCAGGAGUCCUGAUGUGUGGGGUAUCCAGGAGUCCCGAUGUGUGGGGUAUCCAGGAGUCCUGAUGUGUGGGGUAUCCAGGAGUCCCGAUGUGUGGGGUAUCCCGGACAGUCCUGAUUUGUGGGGUAUCCCGGACAGUCCUGAUUUGUGGGGUAUCCAGGACAGUCCCGAUGUGUGGGGUAUCCAGGAGUCCCGAUGUGUGGGGUAUCCAGGAGUCCUGAUGUGUGGGGUAUCCAGGAGUCCCGAUGUGUGGGGUAUCCCGGACAGUCCUGAUUUGUGGGGUAUCCAGGACAGUCCCGAUGUGUGGGGUAUCCCGGACAGUACUGAUGUAUGGGUUAUCCAGGAGUCCCGAUGUGUGGGCGCGGGCUAUAUACUCAGAUUACAUUGGACAGUGACCUAUUGACAGUGGCCAGUAACAUUUACCUGUCAUAUGACGAAGCUGGGAGAUGUGCACUCCCCAUCUUGUCAAGUGUAACAAACAUUGUGUAAAUUAUUGUAGCAGCAUUAUAAGGAUCAACAGGAUUAUCUACAUGGAUUAAUGUCCUAUUGAUAUGGAUUAAUGUCCUAGUUAAGGCUAUUGUCAUGGUUGUUAAGGUGAUGUGGGAAGUGUACACGUCUUCCAGACUGGGUUAGUCUUACAAUUGUGCUAUAUAUGUGUGUGUUCAUUUUGUUGGCCAUUUCCUGAGCUUUGACUUCCUGUGCUGGAGAGUUGUUUCCCUUUACAGAUACUGUUUACAGAACAAAUGUGAUAUUACAUGAGUAGUUAUAUACAGACAGUGAUUAUCAGUAAUGUUGGUAUCCAGUUUGUACAUAGAAUGUAUAACCACACUAUCUAUACUUACCUUGAGAGGAUUGGGAGAGUUAGAAUUAUAUAUUCAGUUUUAUAACACAUCCAGCUAUUUGGCUGUCAUUACUAAGAACUAUUAUCAUACAAAUAAGAGGAUGGUUAUUGGUAUAGAUCUAAGACUCAUCACGAUCAUUUUAGGACUGAUCAAUAUACCGAAAUGUUUCAGAAAAAUGACAAAUUUAAUCUAUGUUAUGUGUUUGAAAAAAACCUACUGUCAUCAUAUUCAGUUUAUAUCUUGUAAUUUGUAAUUCAUGAAGGUCACAGUGACCCACUUCUGUUUCUUCAUGAUAAAAAUGACCUACAUAUUUGUCCAUCAUAUCAGUUGUCUUCUUCUAUUCAAAGUCAGUGGUAACACAUAUUUCAUCAAACAGAAAGUGAUAAGUUAUAUACAUGUAACUUGUACAUAGUAGAUUUCACACCCUGUUGUGGUAUAUUAUACAGAUACUGGUGUGUUUCAUUCUCAAAUAUCACAAUGUCUCCGAGUUUAAGUUCUGUCUCUUUUUCAAAUUAGGAAAUUAAGAAUAAGUCGAUACAAAUCUAUCGUAUUUAACUAUAAUUGAUCAGGAGGUUUUACUUGAUUAGCUACAUUUGUAAGCUCCUACAUUACCAAACUUUUACUUAACUUGUCAUUUAAUCCAUUACACCAGAGACUGACUAGUAACUACACAGUGGCCCUGAUCAAAUGUCGAUGGUUACCCUUAGAAACGGAUCAUGGGUACAUGGGUACAUGGUUACCCUUAGAAACUGAUCAUGGGUACAUGGUUACCCUUAGAAACUGAUCAUGGGUACAUGGUUACCCUUAGAAACUGAUCAUGGGUACAUGGUUACCUUCAGAAAUUGACAAUAAGUCUGAAUCGUAAGGUGUAAGGUUUCACACACGACAGUGGAGUGGGUAGAGGUUAGAUUACUGGAGAGUUGUGAUUGUUUAUUGGUUGUGUAAUUAGUAUUUAUUAAAGACUACAAUGAAAAUGAGGGAAUAGUGAGUGCCAUUGUGAUCUGUGCAAUAUCUUAGUGAGGGGAUGGGGAAGAUAUGGUGUAUAGGACAGAUAGUUUUUUUUGGGGGGGGGGGGGGGGGGGUGAUAAGUCAGAAUAUUGAGUAAGUAUUAUGUCAGAAUAUUGAGUAAGUAUUAUCACUGUAUCUCACAUCUCUCUUGUUGGUAAAUGGUUAUUUUAAAAAAGGUGAUAUAAUGUUACUUAAAAGUGUUUAAUUUUGACAAUAUUCACAAUGUAUACUCCUUUUUUUUCUUUUUCAAAAUCUUAUUUGUAAGUUUCAGCUCCAUUUCAUUGUCAUUAAGCAGAAAAGUAAAAUUGUAUGUAAAACAGAACAAAUUAACUUAAGAUGUGAUAUUGAAAUUUAAAAUCGUUUAUUUUCUGUUGAAAGUGUAAUUUUGAUUUUAAUGUUGUUACAUUUUUGUGGGUACAAGUUCUCAGGUAUACUGUUUAUGUAACUUUGUGUUAAGCCAAAAAUGAACUUGCUCUGUGUAAAAUAUCUCGUGAAGCGAGCCAACAACUAAAGCUAUAACUGUCUUUCAGUCAUGUGAAAUCACUUUGAGCCUACUUCUUUGUGCCAUUGACUUUAAUACAGUACUAUAACACAGUAAAAUGACUCGUUUUGCCUCUGUGAUUUGAUAUCCUUUAUAUUCCUUCUAAUUAGUGAACAAUUAAUUUGUAUCUUACCAUUGUUUCUCAGACAUGCCAGCUACAUUUUACUGUGUGUUUGUUUAGAAGUGUGUCUAUUCUAUUGUCGUUAUAGUUGUGCAAUUUAUGCUGCUGCUUUGGUAGUGAAGAAAAAAUAAAUUUUCGGUAUUCCUAGAAACAAGGAAUCAGAAGGCCUCCUACAUUAUCCAAGACGGUCUUGUAAUUUUGGUGCUGUUAUUCAAACGGAGACGUAUCGUUACUGUUGUGUUAGGUAGACGUGUUUAUACUAACGGAGACGUAUCGUUACUGUUGUGUUAGGUAGACGUGUUUAUACUAACGGAGACGUAUCGUUACUGUUGUGUUAGGUAGACGUGUUUAUACUAACGGAGACGUAUCGUUACUGUUGUGUUAGGUAGACGUGUUUAUACUAACGGAGACGUAUCGUUACUGUUGUGUUAGGUAGACGUGUUUAUACUAACGGAGACGUAUCGUUACUGUUGUGUUAGGUAGACGUGUUUAUACUAACGGAGACGUAUCGUUACUGUUGUGUUAGGUAGACGUGUUUAUACUAACGGAGACGUAUCGUUACUGUUGUGUUAGGUAGACGUGUUUAUACUAACGGAGACGUAUCGUUACUGUUGUGUUAGGUAGACGUGUUUAUACUAACGGAGACGUAUCGUUACUGUUGUGUUAGGUAGACGUGUUUAUACUAACGGAGACGUAUCGUUACUGUUGUGUUAGGUAGACGUGUUUAUACUAACGGAGACGUAUCGUUACUCUAGUGUUAGGUAGACGUGUUUAUACUAACGGAGACGUAUCGUUACUGUUGUGUUAGGUAGACGUGUUUAUACUAACGGAGACGUAUCGUUACUGUUGUGUUAGGUAGACGUGUUUAUACUAACGGAGACGUAUCGUUACUCUAGUGUUAGGUAGACGUGUUUAUACUAACGGAGACGUAUCGUUACUGUUGUGUUAGGUAGACGUGUUUAUACUAACGGAGACGUAUCGUUACUCUAGUGUUAGGUAGACGUGUUUAUACUAACGGAGACGUAUCGUUACUCUAGUGUUAGGUAGACGUGUUUAUACUAACGGAGACGUAUCGUUACUGUUGUGUUAGGUAGACGUGUUUAUACUAACGGAGACGUAUCGUUACUGUUGUGUUAGGUAGACGUGUUUAUACUAACGGAGACGUAUCGUUACUGUUGUGUUAGGUAGACGUGUUUAUACUAACGGAGACGUAUCGUUACUCUAGUGUUAGGUAGACGUGUUUAUACUAACGGAGACGUAUCGUUACUGUUGUGUUAGGUAGACGUGUUUAUACUAACGGAGACGUAUCGUUACUGUUGUGUUAGGUAGACGUGUUUAUACUAACGGAGACGUAUCGUUACUGUAGUGUUAGGUAGACGUGUUUAUACUAACGGAGACGUAUCGUUACUGUUGUGUUAGGUAGACGUGUUUAUACUAACGGAGACGUAUCGUUACUGUUGUGUUAGGUAGACGUGUUUAUACUAACGGAGACAUAUCGUUACUGUCGUGUUAGGUAGACGUGUUUAUACUAACGGAGACGUAUCGUUACUCUAGUGUUAGGUAGACGUGUUUAUACUAACGGAGACGUAUCGUUACUGUUGUGUUAGGUAGACGUGUUUAUACUAACGGAGACGUAUCGUUACUGUUGUGUUAGGUAGACGUGUUUAUACUAACGGAGACGUAUCGUUACUGUUGUGUUAGGUAGACGUGUUUAUACUAACGGAGACGUAUCGUUACUGUUGUGUUAGGUAGACGUGUUUAUACUAACGGAGACGUAUCGUUACUGUUGUGUUAGGUAGACGUGUUUAUACUAACGGAGACGUAUCGUUACUGUUGUGUUAGGUAGACGUGUUUAUACUAACGGAGACGUAUCGUUACUGUUGUGUUAGGUAGACGUGUUUAUACUAACGGAGACGUAUCGUUACUGUUGUGUUAGGUAGACGUGUUUAUACUAACGGAGACGUAUCGUUACUGUUGUGUUAGGUAGACGUGUUUAUACUAACGGAGACGUAUCGUUACUGCUAGUGUUAGGUAGACGUGUUUAUACUAACGGAGACGUAUCGUUACUGUUGUGUUAGGUAGACGUGUUUAUACUAACGGAGACGUAUCGUUACUGUUGUGUUAGGUAGACGUGUUUAUACUAACGGAGACGUAUCGUUACUGUUGUGUUAGGUAGACGUGUUUAUACUAACGGAGACGUAUCGUUACUGUUGUGUUAGGUAGACGUGUUUAUACUAACGGAGACGUAUCGUUACUCUAGUGUUAGGUAGACGUGUUUAUACUAACGGAGACGUAUCGUUACUCUAGUGUUAGGUAGACGUGUUUAUACUAACGGAGACGUAUCGUUACUGUUGUGUUAGGUAGACGUGUUUAUACUAACGGAGACGUAUCGUUACUCUAGUGUUAGGUAGACGUGUUUAUACUAACGGAGACGUAUCGUUACUGUUUUGUUAGGUAGACGUGUUUAUACUAACGGAGACGUAUCGUUACUGUUGUGUUAGGUAGACGUGUUUAUACUAACGGAGACGUAUCGUUACUGUUGUGUUAGGUAGACGUGUUUAUACUAACGGAGACGUAUCGUUACUCUAGUGUUAGGUAGACGUGUUUAUACUAACGGAGACGUAUCGUUACUGUUGUGGUAGGUAGACGUGUUUAUACUAACGGAGACGUAUCGUUACUGUUGUGUUAGGUAGACGUGUUUAUACUAACGGAGACGUAUCGUUACUGUAGUGUUAGGUAGACGUGUUUAUACUAACGGAGACGUAUCGUUACUGUUGUGUUAGGUAGACGUGUUUAUACUAACGGAGACGUAUCGUUACUGUUGUGUUAGGUAGACGUGUUUAUACUAACGGAGACGUAUCGUUACUGUUGUGUUAGGUAGACGUGUUUAUACUAACGGAGACGUAUCGUUACUGUUGUGUUAGGUAGACGUGUUUAUACUAACGGAGACGUAUCGUUACUGUCGUGUUAGGUAGACGUGUUUAUACUAACGGAGACGUAUCGUUACUGUCGUGUUAGGUAGACGUGUUUAUACUAACGGAGACGUAUCGUUACUGUUGUGUUAGGUAGACGUGUUUAUACUAACGGAGACGUAUCGUUACUGUUGUGUUAGGUAGACGUGUUUAUACUAACGGAGACGUAUCGUUACUGUUGUGUUAGGUAGACGUGUUUAUACUAACGGAGACGUAUCGUUACUGUUGUGUUAGGUAGACGUGUUUAUACUAACGGAGACGUAUCGUUACUGUUGUGUUUAGGUAGACGUGUUUAUACUAACGGAGACGUAUCGUUACUGUUGUGUUAGGUAGACGUGUUUAUACUAACGGAGACGUAUCGUUACUGUUGUGUUAGGUAGACGUGUUUAUACUAACGGAGACGUAUCGUUACUGUUGUGUUAGGUAGACUUACUUUAUAAAUAUACAUUCCCGGGGUAGUAUCAUCUCUAUUCAUUUAGUUUAUUUUGGUCCCAUGGAUCACAAAACAUCUGGAUCAAGUCGUCUCCUGUUCUCCAUGUAUCACAGAUCUAUGUGGCAUUAAUUUAUUUCACCUUCACAUAAUAUUACCGUUACAUCAAUAGCUGUUUUGAUCAACAAAGAACUUAUCAUGCUUGGGUGUCUUUAUUUGAAUACCUUGAAAUCAAAGAAUCUGUAUAAAAUGUAUCAAUUUCAAGUACUUAACGAAUUGUGUGAGGUUGAGGCGAGUGAAAGUGACUACUAAGUGUGUUAGGGGAUUUCCUAUAGUGUUUAUAUACUGGUGUCUUUAUAGGGUAUAUAUCACUGACCAGCUAUACAAGUAUUGUAACUGAAAAUAAUUUAUUAAUUUUCAAAUUUGAUUGAUAAUUUGAAUAUUGACUAUAUCACAUGUGUACUUAUCAGAUUCUGGCUAUUUUGCAAGAAAAUUUAUUUUCGUAUCAUUCAAUGAUUCUUUGUUCAUGGAUCACAAUAAUGUGAUGAAUAAAAUUUUAACUGUGGA